CAUUUCUAAAUAAAUAUUAUAAUAAAAUACUUAAUAAAUUAUGUUUUUAACGCGUGCGGAAUAUGAUAGAGGUGUGAACACAUUUUCUCCCGAAGGCAGGCUCUUUCAGGUCGAAUAUGCCAUAGAAGCUAUUAAAUUAGGUUCCACUGCCAUUGGCGUUUGCACAUCAGAGGGGGUGGUCUUAGCAGUAGAAAAGCGCAUUACAUCGCCUUUAAUGGAACCUUCCACUGUGGAAAAAAUAGUUGAAGUGGACCGGCAUAUCGGCUGUGCAACAUCGGGCUUAAUGGCAGAUGCUCGCACGCUGAUUGAGAGGGCACGUGUAGAAUGUCAAAACCACUGGUUUGUGUAUGAUGAACGCAUGUCGAUCGAGUCUUGUGCUCAAGCGGUUUCCGCUUUGGCUAUUCAAUUUGGCGAUAGCGGCGAUGGUGGCUCGGCUAUGAGCCGCCCAUUUGGUGUGGCAAUACUCUUUGCAGGUAUUGAAGAUGGCAAACCGCAACUAUGGCAUAUGGAUCCGUCGGGGACGUACAUACGUUACGGAGCAAAGGCUAUCGGUUCUGGCAGUGAAGGAGCACAACAAAAUCUACAAGAGCACUAUGUGCCGGAAAUGUCCUUAAAUGAUGCUAUCGAUUUGUCUUUAAAUACGCUAAAACAGGUGAUGGAGGAAAAAUUGAAUUCAACUAAUGUUGAAGUGAUGACCAUGACGCCAGAAAAUCUAUUUCGUAUGUACACAAAGAAUGAUGUAGAGAAUAUAAUAAAGGAUUUGGCUUAAAUUAUGUUUUACGGUUGAUUUUAUGGUUGCAGCCCGUAAGUUUUCGUUUGGAUUUUUUUUUAAAAUAAAUUUUUCGUAAAUGACA